UGUUACUCGUAGAAUUUGUAUCCUAUCUAUCUGUGUGGUACCAGAGCCUCAGAACUCAAAAACUGCCAAAGCUUCCUUACAUGGCUGCUCUAAAAUAUAUGCACUGUCUAUCCUCGUUUUAACUGCAACGUCUUCUACACUCCUUACUUAGUACUUACCAAUCCAUAACAAUUUCAUACCCUUCAGCAUAGUCACCUGAAAUGGCUUCAGCAACACCCAAACCACAAAAAAGACUAGCAGAAUUUCUCGAUGAGGAGCAAGAACCUUUCCUCCUAGGGGUUUACCUUUCAGAAAGUGAGUAUUCAAAAGGGUGGAGUUUGGAUGGAGAUUCAAGCAACACAGAGAAAUCAACCAAAUCUGGCUUAAACAAAAGGAAAAAGGGUCAACUCCCAUUUUGCCAAGUUCUAAAAGCUAUAUAUAACAAGCUUGGUUUCCACAAUGAAAGCAAAAAUAGUCUAACCAAAUUUCAUGACCAAAGAACCAAACAUGAAGAAGGUGCUCCUGAACCUAGCCAGGUCAAUGAUAUUGUUCAGUUUUCAUCAGAUAGAUUCUCUACUAUGUUCAAUUCAUGCCAAGAUAUUGAUGAAGAGGUUCCCUCCAUAUUAUCACAUAAAGACCAGCACUUGUUUUAUUCUCACACUUUAUGCAACAUGGGACCCCAGAGAAGGAAGCGGCGGAGAUUCAUAGAAGGUGGCCAUGAAUUACUGAGGAAGAUUCCUGUACGAAGAGCUCCAAAUGUGAGUGAGGAAGUUAGGAGAAUGCAACAGAGAAUACGAAGUGGUGGUGUUAUUCUACCAAAGAAAAUCAGAGAGGACUCACUGUUAUCAGCAGCAAUCUGGAGUAGUUUACUUGAUCAGUCAAUAAAUAAAGGGAAUUGUUGUACUAGGGAGUUGGGAGUGCUUUUUCCUGGGACUAGUGAUGUUUCCCAGAUAUUGAAAUCCAAAAGGGUGUUGCAUAGGAUAAAGAAGAUGCUGUUUGAUUGUGUGAAAGAUAUUGCCAUAACCCUUCCAACACAAGACGACAGAAAGAAAGGUAACAGAAAAUUCAUGGGGCCUCUACAGAUUGGAAAGGUCCUUCCUCAGAGAACAAAAAAAUGGGGCCAACAAGUUGGCUAUGGAGAAAACCUCACCUACUUACUCACUUUGGAUUACUUGAACUCAAUCAUGGAAUGGAGAAGGUUCGAACCGCACGUGAAGGGCAUCAGCGUUGAGAUCACUGAUGCAAUUUUGGAUAGCAUCCACAAUGAGAUUGUGUUAGAAAUGAUAGGAACUUUCACACGAAAUAGAUAAAAUUCAUCUUAAUGUCUUGCAAGUUGCAACCUUACUCAAUUUGAAUCCUGAAAGAUCCAAAGCCCCUCAUUUUGAAUUUGGAUUUUAUUUAUAGCUUGGCUAUUUUCUAUUUAUUUAUUUUUAGUUGGAUUAGUAACAUCAUUAUGCAUAAGCUCAAGGCCACCUUUAUAGCUGAAAAGUCUUUCAACCUCUUUUCACGGCAAUAGAUGAAUAAUGAUCCUUUCUCUCUCAAUUAUC